GGAGUUUUACUGUCCCCGGAAAAACUAACAAAGCAGCAGCAGAACAUGUGAACCUGCUAACUCCUGCUACAUAAAUAUAAACUGGUUACUAUUAUUGACUCCGAGUUUUGGAUCAAAAUGACUUCGAAAAACCAAGAUAUCGAUAAUUUUGAAGGACAGUCCGCAGUGAAGGAGGAGCUGAACAGAAAGGUAACGUUAAAGAUGAUGAAAUGGUAAACAUGCAGAAUAUCUGGUUGAUUUAACUCUUUAAAUUCACACAAACUUCUAUCAUUUACUCAGAGAAACCUGCCUGUUUUGUAGCUGCUUGUUUAUUUUUUCUGAGAGGUGAAACUAAUCGUUAAAUUUGCUCGUUUACUCGCAGAUUAAGGAGAUGAAGGUUGUGGUGGACGAGCUUUCAAACCUGAAGAAAAACAGGGUGAGUUCAGCUUCAGUCUGACUUUUAUUCUCUUAUAUUUACUUUAACACGAUCAUGCCUUUUAAAGUUUGAGGGGAGAUAUGUUUAUGUUGUAGAAAGAGUGUUUAAUAAAGCACAUUUUAUGUUCUUUUCCAGAGAGUGUUCAUCCAGCAGAGGAACAGCAACAUUUUCUUUCUAGGAGACAAAAGUCAAACACUGAGUUCAAGCAAACGUACGUUCAGAAAAUAAACAUCAUAGAGGCUAAAAAUCGACUUAUUUGACAUGACGCUCCUUAAUUGUGAUGAUUUUGUCUCCAGGUGAGCUGGACAACUUGAAAAAGGAGCUUCAGGACAUGUAAGACUUCACGUCUUCAUCCCUCACUGCAACAAUGUGCGGCAUUUUCUGUCUCCUCAGUCUGUCCCCUGCUCAGCGUGAAGGGGACAAAACAGUUCAUGAACAUUUGAAGAGAAGAGGUCCAAACUUCAGUCAGGAUCUCACAGUUAGAGGUUCAAAUCCCUGUUAUCAGUGUUUAUUCUCAGCCCAUGUUCUUCACAUGAGAGGUCUCCUCACCCCUCAGCCGUUUCAAGAUGACGCUGGAAAUGUCCUCCUGUGGAACGGGGAGAUUUUUGGAGGCAUCCCUGUGAGGCCAGAAGAAAAUGACACAGCUGUUGUCUCUCAAAAACUUGCGUCCUGUAACAGCUCUGCGGAGAUACUGUCCACUCUGUCCUCCAUACGUGGACCAUGGGGGUUUAUUUACCUCCAAAAGGCUGAAGAUUGCCUCUGGUUUGGUAGAGACUUCUUUGGUAGACGGAGUUUGCUGUGGAGAUUUGAUCCAGACCUACAAGCCUUGACUCUGACUUCUGUGGCAGCCUGCAGCUCUGCACCUGAUAAGUCUGUUUGGCAAGAAGUCCCAGCAGUAGGUGUGUACAGGAUCGACCUGAAAGCAGCCGCAGAGUCUGGAUCUAUGAUGUUUGAGGUUUUUCCUUGGGCUCACGUUGAGAAUCACGUCUUCUCAGGCUGCAGUGAAGCUGUAUUAGAGUCUGUACCGAGCGGCUGCAAUGCUGUGAUGAACCCAGCAGGUCUGGAGCUGACCUCACCUGUGUGUCCUCUCAAUAGAUCCAUCCCAGAGCCAGGAAACGAACACGAGGUUCACCUGAACUCAUGUUCUAAAGAUCUGGAGCAGCUUCUGGCAAGCAAAGACAAAACUGAAGAGUCAGACCGUCUUAUCGAUGUUCUUAGUGAGGCGGUUAGAAGGCGAGUUCAGUCUCUGCCUUUCAGGAUGCAGGACUCUCCUCCCGCUGACGACCAGGCUGAUGUCGCUGUACUUUUCUCAGGAGGUAUCGAUUCUAUGAUUUUAGCUGUGUUAGCUGACCGACACAUACCUGCUCAUCAGCCCAUCGACCUCCUCAAUGUAGCGUUCAAACUACAGGAGCCGAAGAAGCAGAAAGAGUCGACGAAGAAACCUAAAAAGCACAAAAAUAGGCAAAUGGAUGACAAACCUGGAGCUGAUUCCCAGACCUCAAGUCCCUUCGACGUUCCAGACAGAAAAACUGGAAGAGCCGGACUCGGAGAACUACAAAACCUGAGUCCUGGAAGAAGGUGGAAUUUUGUUGAAAUUAAUGUGACGCAGGAGGAGCUGCAGGAAAUGCGGCAGGAGCGCGUUUGUCAUCUGGUGCAUCCUCUGGAUACGGUGCUGGACGACAGUAUCGGAUGUGCGGUUUGGUUUGCGGCCAGAGGGAAAGGGGUCAUCACGGAGGACCAUGAGCAGAGGUCCUUCUCAUCAUCAGCAAAGGUGAGUUUAGACACAAGUCUCCUAAAGGCGUCUAAUCUCUGAUGUCUCACCCUUCAGUUUGGUUUAGAUUCUUUAACUUCUGAACUGUUUCCCUGAUUGUCUCCCCCUGCAGGUGAUUUUGACAGGAAUUGGAGCGGAUGAGCAGCUGGCAGGUUACUCCAGACACAGAGUCCGGUUUAAAACAUCAGGAUAUGAGGGAUUGAUCCAGGAACUGGCCAUGGAGCUGGGCAGGAUCUCUUCCAGGAAUCUGGGCAGAGAUGACAGAGUGAUCGGAGACCAUGGCAAAGAGGCGAGGUGAGUCUGUAUUGAAAGAAUUUCAAUGCACUGAGUUUCUUGAUUUGCACUUCGAUCAUUUAUAGACCAUUUUUGACUUGUAUAAUUCUGCCCUCUUCAGGUUUCCCUAUUUAGACGAGGACGUGGUGAGCUACUUGAACUCUCUGCCCGUGUUGGAGAAAGCAGAUCUGACUCUUCCUCGAGGUGUCGGUGAGAAGCUCCUCCUAAGACUGUCGGCGAGGCAGCUCGGUCUCGGCCAAUCAGCCGUCCUGCCAAAGAGGGCCAUGCAGUUCGGCUCGCGCAUCGCGAAGAUGGAGGACAAACAUGAGAAAGCCUCGGAUAAAUGCACGAGACUCCUCACAGGGUAGACGAUAAAAAAUCAUUUUAAUAGAAAAUAUUUGUUUUGAAAUUACAAAAAAGAAAUAUUUUACAGAAUAUUUACAGAAAUCAUUUUUGAGUUGAUGUCAAAGAUUCUCCCAGUUGACCAGGAUUUCUUUUGAUUGUUUUUGUCUCUUUUUUUUUUUUCCCAACAUGGUAAAUUAAAAGUUUGUAUUUUUGCUCUACACCA